AACUUCCACACAAAAAACAUUCUUUAUGCCACCACACAUUUGUUUAUUUAACUUCACUUGAAUUUAAGUUUGUUUAACCAAAGUGAUCACCUCUAAUAAACCAAAUUUCACGUAUCGGGUUUGGUAUUAUCUCUUCAAACUAACUGUAAUGGAAGAACGACCGGAAACGGAGUUGAUAUCAAUCCCAGCGACGCCGAGGGACUCCACCCCGGAGAUAUUGACGCCUUCAGGACACCGGUCGCCUAGGCCGCAGUCGAAGGAAGGUGGGAAGUCGGCGGCGUGGACGCCGACGUCGUUUAUAUCGCCGAGGUUUUUGAGUCCCAUCGGGACACCGAUGAAGAAGGUGUUGGUGAAUAUGAAAGGGUAUUUGGAGGAUGUCGGUCAUUUGACGAAACUUAACCCACAAGAUGCUUGGCUUCCGAUCACUGAGUCGCGGAAUGGUAAUGCGCAUUAUGCCGCGUUUCAUAACCUUAACGCGGGUGUCGGGUUUCAAGCGCUUCUUUUGCCCGUCGCGUUUUCGUUUCUUGGCUGGAGUUGGGGUAUCAUUUCAUUAACGAUAGCCUACAUAUGGCAACUAUACACCUUGUGGAUCUUGGUACAACUUCAUGAAGCAAUUCCGGGCAAGCGGUACAAUCGUUACGUCGAGCUUGCCGAAGCCGCAUUUGGAAACAAACUGGGAGCAUGGCUGUCAAUCUUUCCAACCGCUUACUUAUCCGCCGGAACAGCGACGGCCCUGAUUCUCGUGGGGGGCGAAACGAUGAAACUCUUCUUCGAGAUCGUCUGCGGGCCUCUAUGCACAUCCAACCCAUUAACAACCGUCGAAUGGUAUUUAGUUUUCACGUCGCUAUGCAUUGUGUUGUCGCAGCUUCCGAACCUUAACUCGAUAGCUGGACUCUCACUAGUCGGGGCUAUAACCGCCAUCUUUUACUCCACCAUGGUUUGGCUCCUAUCGGUUAGCCAAGAUAGACCACCCAAGAUCUCAUACGAACCCAUUGCUUUACCCUCGUUUACCGCUUCGGUCUUUUCGGUUUUUAACGCGCUUGGUAUCAUAGCUUUCGCAUUCAGAGGUCACAAUCUUGUGCUCGAGAUUCAGUCGACAAUGCCAUCGACGUUCAAACACCCUGCUCACGUGCCCAUGUGGAAAGGAGCCAAGGUUGCAUACUUCUUCAUCGCCAUGUGUUUGUUCCCGGUAGCCAUUGGUGGUUUCUGGGCUUAUGGGAAUCUUAUGCCUCCAAGUGGGAUUCUAAAUGCACUAUUUGGCUUCCAUCAACACGAUAUCUCAAGAGGGUUGCUUGCAAUGACGUUUCUACUAGUGGUCUUCAGUUGUUUAAGCAGCUUCCAGAUCUACUCCAUGCCCGUGUUCGACAACUUCGAAGCCAGUUACACGCACCGCACCAACCGACCAUGCUCAAUCUGGGUGCGGUCAGGUUUUCGGGUGGCGUACGGGUUCAUCAACUUCUUCAUCGGGGUGGCACUCCCGUUCCUCUCGAGCCUUGCCGGAUUGUUGGGAGGACUAACGCUUCCGGUGACAUUCGCGUACCCGUGUUUCAUGUGGGUGCUGAUCAAGAAGCCUACAAAGUAUAGCUUCAAUUGGUACUUCAACUGGACACUGGGGUGGCUUGGUGUUGCGUUUAGUGUUGCGUUUACCAUUGGUGGGAUUUGGAGCAUUGUUGACAAUGGGUUGAAACUCAAGUUCUUCAAGCCUAGUUAAUUAAAGAUUGCAUGUUGUGGUUUUGAUUUUUGAUUGUUUGAUUUGAUAUAGGUGAUUUAAUGUAUGUUGGAUGUGUUAACAUAUAUAUCCACAUUUGUUCAUCGUAUGUUGCAAUGUUCAAUAGUUUUAUCUCG